UGCCUUCUGAGAUUAGUAUACGCACUGAGUGGGGAAGGGGUAGGCUAUAUUUUCAAUGAGGAAAACAGUGUCUGUCAAACGUCACAUGGGGCUGGGACCGAUUGCUUCCUGAAAUGCUGUUCAUCGUUGUAUUUUUUUUCCCACUACGGUACUAGUAUUAGGCUUUUCAUUCAUUUCUGUAUCGGUUUAUUAUUUCUUCCGCAAUGAUAAGCAAAGUAAAAAAUGCGAUGUCCACGCUGGUGGGUGGAAUGAUGCCCCACGGUCACAACCAGCACCACGGAUCCGGGAACGUUCACCACCAGAACUGUCACCAGGACGGUCUGCCUCCACGGUUCCCCUACGGUCGACCUGAGUUUCUGGAUCUUACACCAGAGCUUCUUCAAUACUCGACAGAACAUGCUUCUCGACCGGUGCUGACGUUGAAGAGGGACAGCAGGCUUCCCUGGCGGACGGGAUACGCAGAGACCAUCAAUGCUGGGAAGAGCAUGCUGAAUGAGGAUCAGGCGUCCUGUGAGCUGCUCUACGUGAAGAAGCUGAGCAACAAAAAACAGCGUAACUCCACACUGCUGGACGACAAUGGGGACGGCACAGGGAUCCCAUUGCAGUACUGGGGCGUGUUCGACGGUCAUGCAGGCUCAGGGUGUGCCAUCAUGGCAUCUAAACUCCUCCAUCGCCUCAUCAGAGACAGACUGGGGGACAUUGCCCACCUGCUGGAGAACCCCUCCGUGACACCCCCUAUCUGCCUGGCCAAGAACGGCAGCCCCUACCAGCUGGAGGUGAAGAAGGGAGCAAAUUCCACCCAGGACCCAGAGGACCCUAAUGCCAUCACUGACCCCUCCAUCCGCUUCCACAUGGAGAAGACUGUCAGUCUGGAGAGUCUGAUCAUGGGCAUCAUAGAAAACGCCUUCAAACAGAUGGAUGAACUGAUAGAGAAGGAGAAGACGUCCUUUACCAUCUCUGGUGGGUGUUGUGCCUUGGCUGCCAUCCAUUUAAUGGGGAAGCUCUAUGUUGCCAAUGCUGGAGACAGCAGAGCCAUCAUCAUCCGUAACAAUGAAGUCAUCCCCAUGUCCAACGAGUUCACACCCGAGUCUGAGAGGCAGCGCCUGCAGUAUCUGGGCUUCCUGAGACCGGAGCUGCUGGGGAAUGAGUUCACACACUUGGAGUUCCCUCGCAGGAUCCAGCACAAGGAGCUGGACAAGAAGAUGCUCUUCAGGGACCACACAAUGAACGGCUGGGCUUACAAGACCAUCGUAGAAGACGACCUCAAGUUCCCGCUUAUAUAUGGAGAGGGUAAAAAGGCCCGUGUCAUGGCCACCAUUGGGGUAACACGUGGCCUAGGGGAUCAUGACCUGAAAGUGUACAACUCCAACAUCUACAUCAAACCCUUUCUCUCCUGCUGCCCAGAGGUGAUUGUGUACGACAUGUCUGAGUUCAAGCAUGGCCCGAAUGACGUGCUGGUGAUGGGUACAGAUGGGCUGUGGGACGUGACCACAGACAGGGAGGUAGCAGACGCAGUCUCAGGCUUCCUGUCCUGCUGCGAGCCCACUGAUCCUGUGAGAUACACACUGGCCGCUCAGGACCUGUUGAUGCGGUCGCGAGGGGUCCUGAAGGAGAGGGGCUGGCGGUUACCCAAUGAGAGGCUGGGUUCAGGAGACGACAUCACUUGUUAUGUGAUCCCCUUGGCGGGACCGGUAGGGCCCGAGACAGAGACAUGACAGGCCUUGUCCCACCACCCUACCAGGAGAGGACGAACUCCCUAGGACCGACCAGGGUCAAUCCUUCCCCCUUACCCCCUCUACCCUGGGGGAAGGGUGAAGAAAACACCUCCCUUUUUAUAGGGAAGCCUCAGGUUGGAGAGCUGGCUGCUGACACCUGUCAACCGGCCCAUCUUCCUGGCUUCUGGAACAACCCACUGGGCUCUAAUUAUUGUUUUUGUUUGGUACUCGUGUAACAGGUGUUCAAUGACAUUACCUGACCGACCGAAAACAUGUCAAUUUCUGAAAUCUGCUCUUUUUGAUCGCUACUUAACGAGAACCCUCCCCCUAUAGUUUCAUGUUUUAAUCUCUCUAAUUAAUUGGCUGAUAUUUGCAGCAGGAUUGGUUUGGCCAUAUUCUGAUAGAAGUGCUUGGUUAGUCUUUUCUAAAUACCUCCUUAUUACCUUAUGACCCCCACAUGUGAUUUAUAGAAUGCUAAAUUCCUAAAAUAAUCUAAUUUAUUGCUUGUGUAGAGUACAGUAUGACAGGUGGAGGUAGAUGGCCCGGCACAUUGUCUAAAAUCAAAUAGUAUGACUGAUAGCAAUUGAGGGACUAGCAUCACAUAGGAGUGACGCCACUGCUCAGAAGGCAGUGGAGCUCUGUGACAAAAUAACUACAGUAGUGGCCAAAAGUUUUGAGAAUAACACAAAUAUUAAUUUUCACAAAGUCUGCUGCCUCAGUUUGUAUGAUGGCAAUUUGCAUAUACUCCAGAAUGUUAUGAAGAGUGAUCAGAUGAAUUGCAAAGUCCCUCUUUGCCAUGCAAAUGAACUGAAUCUCCAGAAAAUAUUUCCACUGUAUUUCAGCCCUGCCACAAAAGGACCAGCUGACAUCAUGUCAGUGAUUCUCUCGUUAACACAGGUGUGAGUGUUGACCAGGACAAGGCUGGAGAUCACUCUGUCAUGCUGAUUGAGUUCGAAUAACAGACUGGAAGCUUCAAAAGGAGGGUGGUGCUUGGAAUCAUUGUUCUUCCUCUGUCAACCAUGGUUAUCUGCAAGGAAACACGUGCCAUCAUCAUUGCUUUGCACAAAAAGGGCUUCACAGGCAAGGAUAUUGCUGCCAGUAAGAUUGCACCUAAAUCAACCAUUUAUCGGAUCAUCAAGAACUUCAAGGAGAGAGGUUCAAUUGUUGUGAAGAAGGAUUCAGGGCGCCCAAGAAAGUCCAGCAAGCGCCAGGACCGUCUCCUAAAGUUGAUUCAGCUGCGGGAUCGGGGCACCACCAGUACAGAGCUUGAUCAGGAAUGGCAGCAGGCAGGUGUGAGUGCAUCUACACGCACAGUGAGGCAAAGACUUUUGGAGGAUGGCCUGGUGUCAAGAAGGGCAGAAAAUAAGCCACUUCUCUCCAGGAAAAACAUCAGGGACAGACUGAUAUUCUGCAAAAGGUACAGGGAUUGGACUGCUGAGGACUGAGGUAAAGUCAUUUUCUCUGAUGAGUCCCCUUUCCGAUUGUUCAGGGAAUCAGGAAAAAAGCUUGUCCGGAGAAGGCAAGGUGAGCGCUACCAUCAGUCCUGUGUCAUGCCAACAGUAAAGCAUCCUGAGACCAUUCAUGUUUGGGGUUGCUUCUCAGCCAAGGGAGUGGGCUCACUCACAAUCACUAAAUACACAGCCAUGAAUAAAGAAUGGUACCAACACAUCCUCCGAGAGCAACUUCUCCCAACCAUCCAGGAACAGUUUGGUGAUGAACAAUGCCUUUUCCAGCAUGACGGAGCACCUUGCCAUAAGGCAAAAGUGAAUUGCAAAGUGGCUCGGGGAACAAAACAUUCAUAUUUUGGGUCCUUGGCCAGGAAACUCCCCAGACCUUAAUCCCAUUGAGAACUUGUGGUCAAUCCUCAAGAGGCGGGUGGACAAACAAAACCCCACAAAUUCUGACUAACUCCAAGCAUUGAUUAUGCAAGAAUGCACUGCCAUCAGUCAGGAUGUGGCCCAGAAGUUAAUUGACAGCAUGCCAGGGCGGAUUGCAGAGGUCUUGAAAAAUAAGGGUCAACACUGCAAAUGUUGACUCUUUGCAUCAACCUCAUGUAAUUGUCAACAAAAAGCCUUUGACACUUAUGAAAUGCUUGUAAUUGUACUUCCGUAUUCCAUUGUAACAUCUGACAAAAAUAUCUAAAGACACUGAAGCAGCAAACUUUGUGGAAAUUAAUAUUUGUGUCAUUCUCAAAACUUUUGGCCACGACUGUAUAUGAGCCCUAUGUCUAAGGUUGGGAGAUGCUUCUGAAACACGGAUGGGAAUGUUGUAUGAGGAAGAUACAAAGAAUGAAGUGGAAACUGUCUGUUACCAGUCCUGUGCCAGUAUUGCAGAAAUUCCAAUGUCAAAGCAGCAGUGAAUGAUGAUAGAGGAUGUGAAACCUGAAGCACUUUAAGACAGUCAGUCUGAUUUAGUGGUUAUGUAUUCAAUGGCACUUGCAAUGAUUUUUCUUGAAUUAUGUAUGUUUAGAGAUAUAUUUUUGUUUAACUUAUUGUUAGUUUUGUCACCAUGACAACAACAAAAGACAAGGCAGGGCUGAGAUGUGCAUGACCUUUGUUGUAAUAUCAUCAUAUAAUAUAUUCGAUCCAAACUCAAAUAUCAAAGGCUCUUUUGGCAUGUAGGUGCAAUGUCAUUUUGAAUUGGAAUGAAGCUAUGGUUUCCUUCCUCUCACAGUGUUCUUAUAGAAUGUAUUGUUUUUGUUGUUGAGUAUUGUCUCCCAGAUUUAAAAGAUCCACAAUAGUGUGCUGUACUGUUUUCUACUUUUUAUUCUGGAUUGACAACUUGUAGUAGAUAAUCUGUUUGUCAGGAUGUGAUCAAUUUCACUUGACUGCCUUACUACACUUGAGGAGCAUUGUGGGCCAGGGACUGUAUGUUUAUAUGUUAACUCAUUAGUAUCAACGUUUUCAUUUCAUUUAGGAGAAGUUGCCAAGACAAAUGUAUGCCCUCAAAUGUCUUACUUCUCUCUUUGAUUGUUCUGUUGUUGUUGUUUUUUUACAUGUUAUGUGUAGCCAUUAUAGGUUAUCCCUAGCUUUUAAGAACGUUGGCUAAUAGCUGUAUCAUAAAUAUUGCUUUAUUUAUAAUAAAGAGGUAGGGGAUCAAGUGUAUCCUUACCAAAAUUAGA